AUAAAUGCUACUACUUACUACUUUCUCAGAUCUGUUUGUUUUCCCAACUCGCUCCGAGUUCUUUUUUCUUGCACUGAAAACCGAUUCCAGAACUCGGUUUUGUUUGGUUUUCACUGAGUGAGUUGAACUCGGCAUUGGAUCCGCUCCCACUGUCUGUGUCAACUCGCUGCUCUCUGUGUUGCUGCUUUUCCCAAUGAGCUAAGGUUGCUGAGCUCCACCGUUUGGUUUCGCUUGCAUUUGAAUCGCGAAUUGUGAUGUGCCGAAGAGGCCUACCGGAGCUCCGGCUGAGCUCGGAUUAUGGUUACUGAGACUUGGAACUGAAACAGAGAUAAAAUGUUCAAGUCAGCGAGGUGGAGGAGCGAGAGGAACAAGAUCAAAGCAGUUUUCAAAUUGCAGUUUCAUGCAACGCAGGUGUCAUAUUUUGGUGCGGAUUCAUUGACAUUAUCUUUGAUUCCUGCCGAUGUGGGAAAGCCAACGGCGAAAUUAGAGAGAGCUACCGUUCGGAACGGGACGUGUCAAUGGGAAACUCCGGUUUACGAGACAGUGAAAUUCAAUCGGGAGCCGAGGACUGGGAAGAUCAAUGAGAGAAUCUACCAAAUCCUUGUCUCAACUGGAUCAUCCAAAGCAGGUGCUAUUGGGGAAGUUUCUUUUGAUUUUGCUGAAUAUGCCGAGGCCACAAAGCCUUCCUCUGUUUCUCUUCCCCUUAAGACUUCGAAUACAAAUUCAAAUGCAGUUUUACAUGUAUUAAUUCAGAGGUUGCAGGAAAAUGUCGAUCAGAGAGAGGUGGAAGAAUGUGAAGAUGCAAAAAUGGCAUCCGAGGAUAGGAGCUUGAAGACCUACUUAAGCCAUGAUGAUGCUGAUGAAAGCAUUGCAAAUCAUCAUAUUGAUGUUGGGCCAAUCAACAAAACUACCCAUAAUGUUGAAUUGAAUGGUAACUGUACAGACUCUAGUGGAUCUGACAUUACAUUGUCGAGUUCCGAGAGCAGCUCUGGACUUAAUACUCCACGUGAACUUGGAGUGAGAAAUAAUAACAUUCAUCAAGACUCUUCUAGGUUCUUAUCAUCUCUUAGCCACAACUCAUUGCCUCAUAAUCCAGCAGUAAAUUCGUCAAUUACAGUAUAUGAGGAGUGGUCAGGUGGUUCUGAUCACGGCAUAAGUACUGAUGAUUCAACACAUAGUUCUCAUGAUGCGCAUCCAAGAGAAAGAUCUCAAGAGGCUUCAGAUAUUGAGAUUGAAAAACUCAAGGCUGAUCUUGUUACUUUGGCUAGGCAGGCCGACAUUUCAGAGUUGGAAUUACAGACCCUUCGAAAACAAAUUGUGAAAGAGAGCAAAAGGGGGCAGGAUCUCUCAAGAGAAAUUGUUAGCCUGAAAGAGGAGAGAGAUGCACUCAAGUCAGAAUGCGAGAAACUCAAGUCCUUCCAUAGACGUAUGGAUGAUGCAAAAGUUAGAAACAGGUUGCAGUCAGAAGGUGGGGAUCUGCGUGCUCUUGUUGAAGAAAUCAGACAAGAAUUGACCUAUGAGAAGGACCUGAAUGCCAAUCUUCGGUUACAGUUGCAGAAGACACAGGAAUCUAACACAGAGUUGCUCCUUGCUGUAAGGGACUUAGAUGAAAUGGUGGAAGAGAAAAAUGGGGAAAUAUUGAAUCUUACCAACAAAAUGGGAUCCAGUGAGAACGCGGAAGAGUUAAGGGGAACCCUCUUAAAAAGUGAGACGGAUGAUGAUGAAGAGCAGAAAGCACUAGAAGAGCUUGUGAAGGAGCACAGCAAUGCCAAAGAAACAUACCUGCUAGAGCAAAAGAUCAUAGACCUCUAUGGCGAAAUAGAGAUUUACAGGAGAGAUAAAGAUGAACUAGAGAUGCAGAUGGAGCAGCUUGCACUUGAUUAUGAGAUAUUGAAACAGGAAAAUCAUGACAUGUCAUAUAGACUAGAGCAAAGUCAACUACAAGAACAACUGAAGAUGCAGUAUGAAUGUUCAUCUCCUUCUGCAGCCAUAAAUGAACUAGAAGCCACUAUUGAGAGCUUGGAAAUUGAACUCAAGAAGCAGUCAAAUGAAUUCUCAGGUUCUUUGGCUACUAUAAGGGAACUUGAAACCCAUAUCAAUUGCUUGGAAGAAGAACUGGAGAAGCAGGCUCAAGCAUUUGAAACUGAUCUGGAAGCUGUGACACGUGCCAAAGUUGAGCAGGAGCAAAGAGCCAUCCAAGCAGAGCAAGCCUUGCGAAAGACAAGAUGGAAAAAUGCUAGUACAGCUGAAAGGAUUCAGGAGGAAUUUAAAAGGCUCUCAGUGCAAAUGACCUCUACAUUUGAUGCAAAUGAACAGGUGGCUGCAAAAGCAAUGAUGAAAGCUAAUGAACUGCAGCUGCAGAAAAGUCAACUAGAAGAAAUGCUCCAGAAAGUCAGAGAAGAGACCAACUCAGUGAAGGACUAUUACGAGGAAAAAAUACAUGAGCUUUCCAACCAAAUUGAUACAAAAACAGAUCAGAUAGAACAAAUGGCAGAGGAAAUUGAUAACAAGUCCAAGCAGCUUGAAUAUCAGAAGCAGCAUGUCAAAGAACUUAGGAGGGCUUUCUCUGAGGAGACUGAAAUGCUCAAAGCUGAAAUAAAUAGGAUCACAGAAGAUAAUAUAUGCCUUUGUGAAAAAACAGAGCAGCAAGAAAAAUUGCAAGCUGAGUUGGAAAAAAUGUCGACAUCAGUUAAGGAAUCUGAGUUGCUGUUACAAAGUGGAAAUACAAGAAGAAUUGAACUGGAGAGUACAAUUGCUUUGAUGAAGAAGGAAGUGGAUAAGUCUCAGGAGGAGUUAAAUAGAAUGAGGCAUCUCAAGAAUGAGCAGGAAGCAACCAUUGGAGUCUUACAAUCGGAGAUGGAAACAAUCAAAGCUCACAGUGAUGAAAUGAAACAUUCAUUGUUUGAGGAUGAGGCUGAGAAAGAGAGACUCAGAAAGCACGUCUUCCAAUUAAAGAAUGAACUAAAGAAAAGGGACGAUGCAGUAACCAGUAUGGAGAAGAAGCUCAAGGAUAGUAAUGGACGCACAGCAGUUUCCGAUGCAACUAAAACUACUGUGAAAAACAAUAGAUCCCCUCCAGCUCCCCGUGGUUCAAAAGAAGUUGCCGGUCUGAGGGAGAAAAUAAAAUUGCUUGAGGGACAAAUAAAGUUAAAAGAAACUGCCUUGGAAGCCUCAACAAAUUCCUUUUUGGAGAAGGAAAAGGAUCUUCAGAACAAAAUUGAGGAAUUAGAGAGCAAAAUGGAAGAACUCAAUCAGAGUAGUGCAUUUCUACAGAUACUCGAAGAUAGAAAUGGCAUUACUUCAACUAGUGAUAUACCUGAAGAAGCAGGAACUGCAGCUGAAUAUUUGUGCAGUACUGUGUGUCUGCCGAAUGGAAAUGGGAAUACAUUGUCAUCAAUCAAGAGCAAUGAGGAAACUUCAUCAGAGAAAGAACUGAAAGCCUCAAGUACUAGUAAUAGAGAUGGAAACCUUGAUGACUUCAUAGCUGAAUUGGCAUCAUUAAAGGCGAGGAACAAAUCGAUGGAAAGUGAACUAAAGGAGAUGCAAGAGAGAUACUCAGAAAUAAGUCUCAAGUUUGCAGAGGUAGAAGGUGAAAGACAACAGCUUGUAAUGACAGUAAGGAAUCUUAAAAAUGCCAAGAAGAGCUAAUAAUAUUUUCCUGAUACGCUGGAAGAUAUAUACCAUGUAUAGUUAAAGUCGCAGGGUGGUGUAUUUCCCACUUGGCAAUUCAGAUCUGCAGGUCCCUCAAAAGUGAAUAAAUUAAUAUGUACAUGGGUAACAUAUUUUUUUGUUCUUUUUCAUUUUUCCCCCUUUUAAAUUGCUAUAUGUCAGCCCCAUUGGGUAUAUAAUAGAAAGCUGUGUAAUAGUUUUUCAAUGUAGCUCAGUCUUAUUUUGCGUCCAACCACACUCUCUCUGUAAUUCUUUUAGAGCUUGUCAUUAUAUACGUGACAUUUUUAUCAUUACUGUAUUCUUUUCUUUUUUUAAUAAUAUUUCUUGGUUGAAAUAAUACAAACGAACAGUUCUGGUUC